UUACGUGUUGAUUUUAUUAUGGUUAUUUUAAAACGGUAAUUAAAAUGCAAACAAUAUGUUGCAUGAACAGUUAGUUACAGAAGCAUUUUUACUACAGCCAUAGAUAUUAUACGCAUAGAUAGCGCCUUGGUAACUGCUGUUCAUAAGAACGUAACUGCACUUUUGUGCUGCAAGCGCUGUCACGAGACACUGCCAUGGAAAACGUAACAGUACAGUUAACUUUGUGUUGUAAGCCCUUCUUUACUUACCCAUUUGAUUUUACAGAUCAGCCUGAUCUAUGUGAACCUAGUUCGGUUCUUGUGGAUCACUUGUUUGGUUGUAUCGGUCUUAUAUCUCCUGUAAUGGCACUUAGUCACAGAGCUCAAUUAACUGAAUUGUGCAACAAUAAACAAAUCUGCUAAAAUACGGUUGUGACUUUUUUCACAAGUCAAUGUCGGUCUAAUACAAAUGUAUUUUUAAUAUAAUUGACAGCGUUUUGGAAAUAGGCUUCCAAUGAAUGUUUUGAACCCCUUUGCCUCACACACUUAGUCACUGGCAGACGACCUUUGGACUGUGAAAGAAAUGAGACUGGUCAGAAUGAGCCUGGUCGGACCUGUUUAAACGGUCCAGUUAUUUUUAUUACUAUUCGUGUUUCAAAAUAAGGGAAAGUACUAUAUUACACAUAUAAUAUUACACAGAUUUAGGGGUGGAGGAUGACGUCAUCUGAAUUAUAAAAUCACGAGAAACAAAAUGCCAUUCUAUUUACUACAGGACGUCACUGCACUGUCGAGAUAAAUUCAACUGAAUAACGAAUCACUAACUGCAAACUAUCCUACCGCUGUGAGUCGUGUUAAAAUGGCUGAGAUUCCCGUGCUGAUCAGCAGAGACGAAGUUAAGGGGCUGCUAAAAUAUUCAGACUUAGUUUCGCACUUGGAAGUAGCACUGGCAAAAUUCUCCAAGCGCAAUGCUGAAGAAGUCAUACAACCUUUGAGGACUAUUUUACCCUUAGAGAGAUACAAUGGAUUCCUUGGAGUGAUGCCUGCCUAUAUGGUCCAAGAAAAUAUUUUGGCCACUAAAAUGGUGUCUUUCUACCAGCGUGACGAAGGCUCUGAUUUCCCUGCGCACCAGGCCACCGUGCUGCUGCUGGACCCGCAACGGGGGAACGUGACUGCCGUUAUGGAUGGAACUGUCAUCACAGAAAAAAGAACAGCAGCAGUUUCAGCUAUUUCCACCAAACAGAUGUGGUGUGUCCCAUUUUGCCAUCUGCAGUUUCUGCGGCCCCCCCACGCUGAGGUGCUGUGUAUCCUGGGGUCAGGUUCUCAGGCUCUCAGCCACUAUGAGAUCCUCACACAAAUGUUUUCCUUCAAAGAGAUUCGUUUGUGGAGUAGGAGAAAAGAGAAGGCAAAAAUGUUUAGUAGUAAGGUCAAGGGCCCGGUAACUGUGUGCUCCUCUGUGAAGAAUGCGGCUGAGGGUGCGGAUGUCAUAAUCACAGUCACCAUGGCGAAAGAGCCCGUGCUACAGGGACAGUGGGUGAAGCCGGGUGCCCACAUAGUGGCUGUAGGAGCCUGCAGGCCAGACUGGAGGGAACUGGAUGAUGACCUGAUGAGGGAGGCAGUGGUGUAUGUGGACAGCAGGGAAGCAGCCUCUUCAGAAUCAGGAGAUGUAAUCCUUUCUGGGGCUGUCGUUUUUGCAGAGCUGGGUGAAGUUAUAAAUGGAAGUAAACCAGCCCACUCUGAGAGAACCACUGUGUUUAAGUCUCUUGGAAUGGGCAUUCAGGAUGCAGUGUCCGCCAAGCUUGUGUUUGACCAAUGGAAGAGCCAGCAGUGAAGAAUAUGUAGACUCUAACUAUUGUUCUAAAGUACAUUUUGCUAACUCCUUUAGCAUUAAUGAGGCUAACAGUUAAACAUGCUAUUUGAACCUGAACUAAAUUGUAAUUAAAUGGAAUUACUCAUGUUUUCAUACAAGUAUCAUACAAUAAUUUUAAGAAAAUGGAAUGCAAAACAGUGAACAGUACCUGGAAAAUGAAAAUUUCUAGACAAAUAUUACUAUAUAAAUUUAUAAUAAUCUGAACAACCACAUUUACUCUUCACCAAGAAAAAAGAUUACAAUCAAGUGUUUUAGUUGUGUGGUUAGAAAGCUGUUGAACAGAGUAAGGAUGCAAGUCUGAAAUAUGCAGAUGUCAGUCAACAUGAAAAUUCCAAUAAUGCCAAUGUUUCAUUAUUUUUUUAUGUUAACAUGUCAUUCGUAACAAAUAAAAACAUUAAUCUGA